CUCAUGCUCCAAUACGAGGAGAUAAUCAGUUUUCCAUGCUUUUAUGACAACAAGGAAAAACGAAAACAUUGUAGGUGGUGAAUCCUUCUUAAUGAUUGAUCAUAGAAUAUCAUUCUUGUACAUAAAUAGCAUUCAAAGGUCUGAGGUACACACACCCCAGACCUGUUACUGCUUGCGCAUUAAUCGAAUGUCAAAUUUUGUGGUAAACAUAAUCACGUGUUCAACCGUGGCCAAUGAGAGUAAAGAACCUCGGGAUAAAUAAUUACCUGCCUUGAUUGUUCUAGGGGUGAGAUAAAAGUACACAUAUACUCCAUAUAAUAAUCUGAUGCAUGUAAAAGAGACCAGAACAUCGCCAUGUCGACCACGGGUCCCAUACGCAAUUAUUAUGUGGAUUCUUUGAUAAAUCAUGAGAGCGAGGACGUGCUGGCGUCGCGGUUCUCAGAGCUUCCCCCCACCCGCUCGCGUCAGACGACAGUAGUACCAGAGUGCUCCGAUUAUCCCUCCUGCAGUUUUGCGCCGAAACCUUCUGUCUUUUCCUCCUCCUGGGGCCCAGUUCACUCCCAAUCCUCAGUGGUCUACCACCCAUACACCCACCAACCUCACGUUGGAAUGGACUCGAGGUAUGUUCGCUCAUGGCUGGAGCCCAUAUCUGGAACAGUAUCCUUUCCAGGCUACCCGGCUAACUGCAGACACUACGGACUCAAACCCGAUGGUUUCCCUCAGCCCAGUACCGGAGACUGCAUCACCUCCAACAGUCGCGGAUACCCAGACUAUUUCUACAACACCUGCGUGGACAUCCGAGACAAGGCCCAGCAGAUAGUCCCUUCUCCAGAGUCGGAGGUUUUGGCUUCCGGGAAGCACAAAGACGAAAAGACAGAAUUCGACCCAAGCAACCCGGUGGCGAAUUGGAUACACGCUCGUUCAACGAGGAAGAAACGGUGUCCUUAUACUAAAUAUCAGACUCUCGAACUCGAAAAAGAGUUUUUGUUCAAUAUGUACCUUACCAGGGACCGUCGAUAUGAGGUCGCUCGGGUUCUUAAUUUGACCGAGAGACAGGUCAAAAUUUGGUUCCAAAAUCGGCGAAUGAAGAUGAAGAAAAUGAAUAAAGAGAAGACAGAAAGCAAUGAGCAGUAACGUGCUGUAUGGACAAAUUGACUUGUACACGUUCAGAAAAAUGUCACUCUUGUUCUCUCCUCUCCAAUGGUCUCUCCUCUUGAGAGCUACUGUUUUCCCUUUUGAUCUGAUAUAAUUGGGAUCUAUAGGCCUAUUCUUGACAAAGUAGCACAUUGUAAAUUGGGGCCACGUCUCUCUGUGACAGUGUGCAGCUUGUUUUGACUAUUUAUCCUUUAUUACGGCUUCAUAGUCAAGACACGAAUAGGACAUUAGUAAAGAAAUGUAUAGGGUCAAGUUGGAUAACUGUGUAUAACAAAACCUGUGUAUUUUUGUAGAUAUUGCAUCUUUGGCCUAUUCAAGUUUAAAUUAAUGUUUUGUACACGAAGUACAUGGAACGUGUGUCUUGUGUUUCGUCUAGACCUAUGUGGAUAUAGAUUUUGUUGUAUGGUUUUUAUAUUAUUUUCUCUCGGCGCUACACGUUUACGUUAUACUGCAGAUUGUGCUCAUCUUUCUAUCCGAAAUAAUCUAAUUUCCUGUCUUUGUUGGGUCAUUAUUAAAACGUUAAAACCUUACCUUUAUCAUAAAUAUUAACACUUGCAAAAAUGACAUUCUGAGAUUGCUAGAUAAGACAGUAUGGUACAAAAAUAUAAUUCGCAGAUGUUGGGAUAUAAGUAAUUCAACAAUUCCAAUAGGCUACAGUCUAGCAUUAGAUACGGACUACUCCUUAUUGAAAGCAGAUGUGUCUUUUAACUCAUUAUUCUUCCUUUUCUAUUUCCUUUUAUAAAGCACGUUUCCUGACCAGUUCCAGCCGCUGUGUUUUCUGAAUUGUGAAUGGUUCUGGGGGGAAAAUAACGUGACAUUUAAGGCCUUGUGUAAACGCAUUGCAUCGCGUUGUUUCCUUUAUACGUGUUAUCCAACCAUAAUCAUUUAAGAUUAUUGUAACUAUUUCAAGGAAAAGCUUUAGCGUGUUAUUCUGGCGAUUCAGGUAUAACGGAGGUGGGCAUUGAGAGUGCAUUUCGUGUAACAAUGUAGCAUAGGCCUAUCUCAAUAUAGGCCUAUCCGUGCAUAGUUUAAAACAACGUAGGCUAGUUUACAACGUGAGGUGUUUUAUAGUUUUUACUUCGCCUUCUUGUAGCCUAGAGACUCCACUAUUUUAUAAUACAAAUGUAGUCUAUAUGAGUGUUAACACUGGGCACACACUGGUUGAAUCAACGUUAUUUCCACGGCAUUUCAAUGAAAUUACGUCGAACCAACGUGGAAUCGACUUUGAAUUGAUGUCUUUGCCCAGUGGGUUGUUUCCAUAGCAUAAAUCGCGAAUAUGGGGCCUAGGCUACAGAUUGUUGAUGUUACGAAAUAAUUUGUAAUAGACUAAUGCAAUCUUUCGGUCACUGAUUUGAGGCUAUUGUGAGCCGAGCAGUGCGCUAUAUUAUUUUGGUCUAGCUGAGUUGGUGCUCUAUGUUGUAUUUUAGAUGGGUCAUGCUGGCCAUGUGUCGUGGGUAUGUAAGCCACAGCAAACGGUGAUACAAGUGUUCCCCCUGUGUCAUGGUGCUAUUUUUGGACACCCUCUGGACGCCACACUAAUUUGCCGCGUAAUCAUUUGCAUCUUUUAGCCGAUCAGUUCAUUUGAGGUGUGUGAAGUAUCUUUUCUGGCGUUUAUUUUUCUAUCUUGGUCGCUGGACUAAAUUGGCUUUCCCCUUAAGUGUCAAAAACAAUACUGACAGGAUGCAGAGAUUUUAGAGCCCAAUAUAGUUAAACAUUUCCGUUGUGGUGCACAGAGAAAUGUGGGGUUUUAUGACCCUGCUUCGGGCAGCGCUGUUCGUCUUGAAUGCAAUCUAACAAAGCAAACCUAGCAGAACUGGCUAGACGUCUAGGCUAAAUUACUUUAUUGUUCUUAUUUCAAGGUAUGGUGUGCUGGUUUCAAAGGAGGCUUAUUGCACUUGUUUUUGUCUGUUGCAAACGUGACUCCAUCCUCCUUUAUUUACCCACUUUGAAUUGUGUGGCAGAAGGGGAAAUAGGAACACAUGAAAGGCCCCAAAUUGAACUUCCUUUAUUCCAAAUCUAUAUGAACAAAAAUAUAAACGUAACAUGCAACAAUUUCAAAGAUUUUGCUGAGUUACAGUUCAUAUAAGGAAAUCGACCAAUUGAAAUCCAUAAAUUAGUUCAUAAUCUAUGGAUUUCACAUGACUGGGCAGGGGCACAGCCUGGGUGGGACCUGGGAGGAAAUAGGCCCACCCACUUGGGAGCCAGGCCAAAGCCAAUCAGAAUUAGUUAUUCCCCGCAAAGGGGCUUUAUUACAGACAUAAAUACUCCUCAGAACCCCCCCCCCACCCCCAUCCCGGAUGAUCCCCAGGUGAAAAAGCCGGAUGUGGAGACAUACUGCCAAAUUCUCUUAUGGUAGAGAAAUUAACAUUUGAUUCUCUGGCAACAGCUCUGGUGGGUAUUCCUGCCAUCAGCAUGCUAAUUGCGCGCUCCCUAAACUCUUGCAACAUCUAUGGCAUUGUGUUGUGUGACAAAACUGCACGUUUUAGAGUGGCCUUUUAUUGUCCUCAGCACAAGGUGCACCUGUGUAACGAUCAUGCUAUUUAAUCAUCUUCUUGAUAUGCCACAC